AUGAAUGGCCAACUAUUAAAAGCGUUAAGCCCUUUAGUUUCGGCUAUUAGGUCGAAGGGCUAUAAAGCACCGGGUGGGAUUCGAUAUCCAGGAGGUAUCGUGUACUAUCCAAGAUAUCCUGAUCACAAAGACCCCGAAUACACGCCUACUAAGUUGUUUAGAGUGGAACGAAUCAAACCCAGUAAACACCAGCCACAUUACCUCAAAUCUAUCCUUCGGGAAUUUAACAUUUUGGAGGAAUGCGAAAAUAAUGUUACUGUAGUAAAAAAUAUUCCUGAAACCAACAUGAGACUAUGGAAAAUUAAACAUUUGAUAAAAAUUACACCGAUUGUAUUUCCUUAUGGAGAACCAACUACAGAUGACAUAAACUACACAGUUUUGAAGGAAAAUGGUCAAUGUAUUGUCACCAAGACAAUUGGUCCAAAGCCAGAGCAAAUUGAAGCUUUAGAACAAUUUGAGAAGAGCGAGAAGAAAAUGGAUUCUGACACAUUGAAGAAAGAUUCAAGAUAUAAAUGGAAUAAUGCAUUUAAUGGAGGAUUCUAA